UGGUCGCUCUUUCUUUUUCUCUUAGAAGAGUUUUAGCACAGGUUUCCUCGUUCUCACUUCCACCUCACCUCACCGCCUCCCGACCCCCCUUCUCCCCCUCCCCACCUAUCGUCAUGACGGCGUCUCCGGAUUACUUGGUGGUGCUUUUUGGAAUCACUGCUGGGGCCACCGGGGCCAAGCUGGGCUCGGAUGAGAAGGAGCUGAUCCUGCUGUUAUGGAAAGUCGUGGAUCUGGCCAACAAGAAGGUGGGACAGUUGCACGAAGUACUAGUUAGACCGGAUCAGUUGGAGCUGACGGAGGAUUGUAAAGAAGAAACUAAGAUCGACGCCGAGAGCCUGUCCUCGGCGCCGCAGCUGGACCAAGCCCUCCGACAGUUUAACCAGUCAGUGAGCAAUGAGCUGAAUAUUGGGGUAGGAACCUCCUUCUGUCUCUGUACUGAUGGGCAGCUUCAUGUCAGGCAAAUCCUGCAUCCUGAGGCUUCCAAGAAGAAUGUAUUAUUGCCUGAAUGCUUCUAUUCCUUUUUUGAUCUUCGGAAAGAGUUUAAGAAGUGUUGCCCUGGUUCACCUGAUAUUGAUAAACUGGAUGUUGCAGCAAUGACAGAGUGUUUAAAUUUCGAGAAGAAUAGUUCAGCCUCCCGGUAUGGAGCCUGUCAAGUUGAAGAUAUGGGAAAUAUAAUUUUAGCAAUGAUUUCAGACCCUUAUAAUCACAGGUUUUCAGAUCCAGAAAGAGUAAAUUACAAAUUUGAAAGUGGCACUUGCAGCAAGAUGGAACUUAUUGAUGACAACACAGUAGUCAGGGCACGAGGUUUGCCAUGGCAGUCUUCGGAUCAAGAUAUUGCAAGAUUCUUCAAAGGACUCAAUAUUGCCAAGGGAGGUGCAGCACUUUGUCUGAAUGCCCAGGGUCGAAGGAACGGAGAAGCUCUGGUUAGGUUUGUGAGUGAGGAGCACAGAGACCUAGCACUCCAGAGGCACAAACAUCACAUGGGGACCCGGUACAUUGAGGUUUACAAAGCAACAGGUGAAGAUUUUCUUAAAAUUGCUGGCGGUACAUCCAAUGAGGUCGCCCAGUUUCUCUCCAAGGAAAACCAAGUCAUUGUCCGCAUGCGGGGGCUCCCGUUCACGGCCACAGCUGAUGAAGUGGUAGCCUUCUUUGGACAGCAUUGCCCCAUCACUGGGGGGAAGGAAGGCAUCCUCUUUGUUACGUACCCAGAUGGUAGGCCAACAGGGGACGCUUUUGUCCUCUUUGCUUGUGAGGAAUAUGCACAGAACGCAUUGAGGAAGCAUAAGGACUUGUUGGGUAAAAGAUACAUUGAACUCUUCAGGAGCACAGCAGCUGAAGUUCAGCAGGUGCUGAAUCGAUUCUCCUCGGCCCCUCUCAUUCCACUUCCAACCCCUCCCAUUAUUCCAGUACUACCUCAGCAAUUUGUGCCCCCUACAAACAUUAGAGACUGUAUACGCCUUCGAGGUCUUCCCUAUGCAGCCACAAUUGAGGAUAUCCUGGACUUUCUGGGGGAAUUUUCCACCGAUAUUCGGACUCAUGGGGUCCACAUGGUAUUGAAUCACCAGGGACGCCCAUCAGGAGAUGCCUUUAUCCAGAUGAAGUCUGCGGACAGAGCAUUUAUGGCUGCACAGAAGUGUCAUAAAAAAACCAUGAAGGACAGAUAUGUUGAAGUCUUUCAGUGUUCAGCUGAGGAGAUGAACUUUGUGUUAAUGGGGGGCACUUUAAAUCGAAAUGGCUUAUCCCCACCGCCAUGUAAGUUACCAUGCCUGUCUCCUCCCUCCUACACAUUUCCAGCUCCCGCAGCAGUUAUUCCUCCUGAAGCUGCCAUUUAUCAGCCCUCUGUGCUCUUGAAUCCACGAGCACUGCAGCCCUCCACAGCAUACUACCCAGCAGGCACCCAGCUCUUCAUGAACUACACAGCGUACUAUCCCAGCCCCCCAGGUUCGCCCAAUAGUCUUGGCUACUUCCCUACAGCUGCUAAUCUUAGCGGUGUCCCUCCACAGCCUGGCACGGUGGUCAGAAUGCAGGGCCUGGCCUACAAUACUGGAGUUAAGGAAAUUCUUAACUUCUUCCAAGGUUACCAGUAUGCAACCGAGGAUGGACUUGUACACACAAAUGACCAGGCCAGGACUCUAUCCAAAGAAUGGGUUUGUAUUUAA